AAACGGGUCCACUAGUUGGACAAAAGAAUUUCUUGUGUCAAAUCUGAACCCUUGCUUGUGUGCAAAUGACGUACAUGAAUUAAUGUAUUUUACCCACAUUUUAACCAUCAUUUCAGAGAUGGCGGAGUUCACACUUGUGCCUCCUGUUAAAGAGCUUCAUGCGGAACAAACUGCAGACGAGACGCACAUCAAAGAGGAGCCGACAGGAGACACUGGAUGGCAACAGGAUGGACAAGAGAACGUGCUGUGCCAGGAAACGUACAGUGAGGACCAGGAAGCCUACGACUUCCAACCAACCGGACAACCAUGGAACGAGACUUACAACAGUUGGGAGCAGACAACAGACACGGGACGGCAGCAGGACGAGGAAAGGGACGUUCCAAACGACGAAACGUGCGGUGUAAGAGAAGAAAUGGGAGCGUCCAGCUUUGAGCUUUCUACUGGGGAACUGUGUGCGGAACAUCCUGGGAAGGAGACGGACGAUACUGGACACCCUGGGAAGGAGAGUGACAGCAGGGAGACCCAGACAACAGACAUGGGCCUGCAGCAGGAAACGUGUGAUAUGAACUUUCCCCAACCUGACAACACAUCAACCUCACAGGUACAGGAGAGCAGAGGCUAUAUGGGAGGACAUGUGGUAAAACACACCGGUGAGAAACCCUACAUGUGUGUGGAGUGUGGGUACAGGGCGGCUUAUAAGUCUCAAAUAUCCCAACAUAUGAGAACCCACACAGGAGAGAAACCCUACAAGUGUGACCAGUGUGACUAUUCUGCUGCACAAAAAGGUGGUUUGAAUAAACAUUUAGCAAAACCCUACAUGUGUGGAGAGUGUGGGUACAGGACGGCUACAAAGUCCCGCUUUUCCCGACACAUGAAAAUUCAUACAGGGGAAAAGGCUUUCACGUGUGACCAGUGUGACUAUUCUACAUCAUUGAAAUCUAAUUUGAACAGGCAUAUUGGAGAAAAACAUAUUGGUGAGAAACCUUAUAUGUGUGGUGAAUGUGGGCACAGAACAGCUCAAAAGUCUUCCUUAUCCAAACACAUGAGAAUCCACACAGGAGAAAAGCCCUACAGGUGUGACCAAUGUGGCUAUUCUGCUGCAGAGAAAUCCAAUUUAGUCACGCAUAUAAAAAAGCACACCGGUGAGAAACCCUUCAUAUGUGGGGCGUGUGGGUACAGGACAGCUCACAAGUCUGACUUAUCCCGACAUAUGAGAACCCACUCAGGAGAGAAACCCUACAUGUGUGACCAGUGUGACUAUUCUGCUACAGAGAAAUCCCACUUGGACCGACACCUAAGAAAACACACCGGUGAGAAACCCUACAUGUGUGGGGAGUGUGGGUACAGGACAACUCAAAGGGGCCACUUAUCACGACACAUGAGAACCCACACAGGUGACAAACCCUACAAAUGUGACCAAUGCGACUAUUCUGCAGCACACAAGUCCGAUUUGGACCAACAUCUAUCAAAGCACAGUGGUGAAAAACCCUACAUGUGCGGGGAAUGUGGGUACAGGGCGGCUAGAAAGCAACACUUAUCCCUACAUAUGAGAACCCACACAGGAGAAAAACCCUACAAGUGUGACCAGUGCGACUAUUCUACUGCACAGAAAGGCAUGUUAGACCAACAUCUAAUGGAACACUGUGGUGAGAAAUGUUUGGAGAGUGCGGGUACAUAACAACAACAAAGUCCAACUUAUCCAAACAUAUGAGAACUCAUACAAGAGAAAAGCGCCACAAAUGUGACCAGUGCGUCUAUUCUGCUGCAAAAAAAAUCCUCCUUUAACCGACAUGUAAGAAAAUACACCGGUAAAAUGACCUAGGUGUGCGGAGUGUGCGGGUACGGAGCAACUCAAAUGUCGAACUAGCCAAGCAUAUAAGAACCCACAGAAGAGGAAAAAAUACAUGUACAACUAUGUUAUUGCUGGUAUCUAGGACAUCUCACCCUUAUCUACUUUUCAGAAGACGUACGAAAGAAACUAAAUCCACAAGUGUGACAAUUGUACAGCAAACAGUACAUAGUCCAUUUAUCUCCAGAUUAUGGAGGCAGCCAGCUUAAUCUUUUAAAAUGUAGCAAACAGC